AUGGGUGUGAAGCUUGGGCUUGUAGCAGAUGAGUCGUGUAAAACAAAUCUUGACAUUACUGACAGUUUUGAAGAAGAACGUUUAGGUGAUACAAAUGGGAUUGAAGAACUUGAUAAGCUUGAUUUUCAGUGUGGAGGGAAGAUGCAUCUCAGAGAAGGUGAAUUUGAGAAGGCUCAUACAGAUUUUUUUGAAGCUUUUAAAAACUAUGAUGAAUCUGGUAGCCCAAGACGGACAACAUGCUUAAAGUACCUUGUUUUAGCAAAUAUGUUAAUGAAGUCUGGUAUAAACCCAUUCGAUUCCCAGGAAGCAAAACCGUACAAGAAUGACCCAGAAAUUUUAGCAAUGACUAACUUGGUUGCUGCAUAUCAGAAUGAUGACAUCAAUGAAUUUGAAACUAUCUUAAAACAAAACCGAUCAAAUAUCAUGGAUGAUCCAUUUAUUCGAGAACACAUUGAAGAUUUACUAAGAAACAUCCGUACACAGGUCCUCAUAAAGUUAAUCAAGCCGUAUACGCGAAUUCACAUCCCUUUCAUCUCAAAUGAACUCAAUAUUGAUGCCACUGAUGUUGAAGCUUUGCUAGUGCAGUGCAUUUUAGACAAGUAAGUCUUAUAUUUUAGU